ACGUGGGCAGAGGAAGGAGGUCCUCGGAGGAGGAGCGGCGGUGGAGAGAGAGAAGAGGUGAGCUCGCUCGUGCGCGCCUCCUCAUUUUCAGCUUCGAGCGAGCGCAGCACGACGCCAAGAUAACCGCGGAGGAAGCCGCACGAAACAAGAGCCGCGUGAGGCCGGAGCAUCCCGCCGGGGUCCGAAGCGGAAGAAUUUGGCACCCCGACCGACUCGGGUCGGCGCCGCUGCCAUCAAGUGGAUGAAUGCCUGAAGAAUGGAUUCCCUCACCGCCUCGUAACCGUUAGACUCGAAAGACAAUGGGUGUCGAGUGUAGUAUUGAAGACAAGAUGUGACUUUCAAGCCUGUGGAGUUUGGCCUGGUUUGAGGCUUCCUGAACUUCCUUGACAUUCAUGGAUGUCAUUUAAGGCGUCCCAGCGUUCAGUCCUCCAGCCCCGCCAUGGUGAUGUCCCGGGGCACGUCCACCUUCCUGGCCUGUUUCGCCGGCUUCUGGUUGGUGUGGGCCUUGGUGGUCAUGCUGUGCUGUUUCUGCAGCGUCCUGCAGCGUCGCCUCAAGCAGCGUGACGAGGCUCGCCUGAGGGAGCGCCGCCUCCGGACGGUGGAGACGGAGACGCCGGGAUGUCCCGCCGUCCCGCUCUCGGUACCUCUUCCGCAGUCGCCCCUGGCACCGAUACCGCCGGUGCCGUCGCCGCCCCGGCAACCGAUACCGCGGGACCCGCCGGCUUUCUCGCCGCCACCUGUUCCGCUUCAGGUCUCUCACCCCUUGCCGGAAGCAAACUGGGUUAGCUUGCCGGAAGCAGAUCUGCUGGAGAACCCGCCCUGUUACGAGGAGGCGGUGCUGAUGGAGGACCCUCCGCCGCCAUACGCCGAAGUCCUGGUAGAACCACGAGGGGGCGGCGGCUACUCCAAACUCGCACCGCUUCGGCCCGCGCCCUCCUCUCUCCGGGACCACCAGGACCCGAGCGCAGAGACACGCAAGACCCCUCCGCAGAGGUCGGCGAGGUCUUGCGUGUUCCCCGAACGGGGUUACUCCUCCCUCAUCCGUUUGCCUUCAUCACAACGCUGGGACACUCUGGGCCACCUCCUCGCCAACGUGGACCUGAAGCCGUUCAACCCGUACGGCCCGGUGCCACCGGGCGUCGCCACGGCAACUAUGCCCCGUCGCGAGCCCAGGACUGGAGGCGAUGGAAGGCGAGGGCGGGGACUACAGGUCGGGUUCUCUGGGGGGAUCGGGGGCCAUGGGACACGAGGACUGGAGCACAGUUGCGGUCUCCCAGCAGCGUUCCCCCUAUUGGGGCGCAGCACCGCCGUCUAGGAUAAGGGUUCUCAAAAUAGGGGAGCCCUCUCAAGCGACAAUUUAGGGGCCAAACCCUGCCAUGCCAUAAAAAGCAAAAAUCUGCAAUUAAAGUUUGUAUUUGCUUAUGGAUGCCACACGAUGGCGAUAAUACACUUUUUUUUUUUUAACUAAAGCUAUUAAUUUCUAUAUUAAGGUCUCCUCCUCUGAAUUCAACAUAGUUCGUUGGCGAUUGAAUGUAAUUUUGUCCACAUUCACAUUAGUGAUCAUUAAACUUCCAAACGCUGCACAAGUUAAGCAUUUCCGGUCGGAACACCAAAACACAAAAUCUACUCCUACAAUUAACUUUUCAAUGAGUCAUGCACGCAGCUUAUUUCAUCACACAAUUCCAUCAAAAGCAAUUCAGUGAUAAAAUGAAUCACAGCAUCCUUACCUGUCACUCGUCUGGUGUGUGAAUGACAAUCAGCUGAUUCCAACGCGACGUUCCUCGUGGCAAUCCCCGUCCAAAUACGUCCAGCGAUGCAUACUUGUUGAACUUGCAAACAGUUUAGAACAAGCGGUCCAUUUAUUUUGUCCAUAUUCGAUCAUAAAAACUUUCCAAAUCUUGCAGUAGUUGAGAGCACACGCGGCCGCGACCUGUUGCGUCAACAGCAGUAAAAACCUAUUUCCACUUCCGGUGGGAACAUCCGCUGAAAAUUCCAAUUUGCUCAUCAUUAACCAAAACAAUUAGCUCAUCAUUAGUCAUUACAAUGUAAAAUUGUGAGCAAUAAAGGAAGAAACGGAGCGUGAGAUUAAGUUUGGUUUUAUUUUGCCUCCCUCUUUUAUUCAUAUCAAAAGAUUUUUUUUUUAACAAGCCCACCUACGAGGCCUUGACAAGUCCAACUACAUUCUCACAAAUACAUUUAUCAACAUUAAAAGGCCUUAUAGUCUGAAAGCGAUUUUCAAAAUAAGGUUUGGAUAAGCUCCAUCCUACCUGCGACCCCUGGGGGGGUCCCCAGACCACAGUUUGAGAACCCCCAUCCAAGCUGAAGCACACUCUCCAGUCACGGAGGACGCUAAUAGACUCAAAAGAGUCUAUUUCAUCCAGAACGUCUCUAUUGUGCCGAGCUGCCGUUGCCAUGGCACCUGAAGGGAACUACGUGGCCUCCACCAGAACGACCUCUUUCUCCACGUUGAAGGACUCGGUACUGGCGCGCCACUUCCAUGUUCUGAAAGUCCAUCAUCAACAGAGGACAGAAAAAAAAGAAGGUAAUUUCUAGUCAGAAAAAAAGAUGUCCCGCCUCCCUUUUUUUCAAAACAUUGCUGCCAUAUUAAAAAAAAAAAAAAAUCUCAUAUCAACUUGCAGCCAGAUUCUGCUUCAGCAGGACAUUAUGAGUUCAAACACAUUCUCAUACGAGUUUUAUUACACAAUAAUCCAAUUUUUCAAUAAGGGGAUGCGUUGCCUGGCAACCUGCUCGAUGGCCUCGUUUACCAGUGGAACACAUGCGAACACAUUUUCUGCCGCACUAUGCCGUUGUCAUGACGAUUAUAUACACACACACAGUAUAUAUUCAUACAAGAAGCAUAUAGAAGUAUACAGUAUGUACACAUAAUACUCUAUAGUACAUACUAUACAUGUACACGAUUAUACAUGUAGUGCAAAACACUCGCCUAAAUAAAAUCAAGCAAAAGAAACAGACCGGUUGCACCUUUAGAAAACAAUUUUAAUUUGAAUGCACGAGUGGACAUUUUUUGAGAACAGAUUGUGACAAAUGAAAAAACAUGAUGUCUAUUGUAGGUUGCUUACAUGUUAAGUCGAUUAUUCAAACAGCUGUCCAUCCGUGAUAUCAUGAAAACUACUCCAACCUUUCAAAGUGGAGUGAAACAUUGUGUGCGUGUGUGUGUGUGUGUGCGAGAGAGAGCGAGAUUAAAGGCAUCCUCAGAGGAAAAGAAAAGCAAUCUCAAUUCAAAUUCUAAUUUAAUGGCAUUAUUACUUUAUUAUUUGAAUUCUUCUCAUUGCCCAUAAGGCCCAAAUAAAUUAAACAUUUAUUUUCACGACCAGAUUUGAAUACACUGAGAUUGUAACGUCAAAAUCAUGUUUUUAUUUUUGUAGGGGGAAAAAGUCCUAAGAUUGAGUGGUAGCACUAAGAGGAAUAUUACAUAAAGUAUUCUAUGAUAAGGUUGUAAUUUCAAUUCAUAUUCCUUGUGAUUUUAGGACUUUUUCCUCGCUUUACAAAUCUUUUGUAAGAUUAAAAAUCAGUUCAAAAAAACAUAACAAUGAACUAAAACAGCAAAGUAAAAGUUGCAUACUUAUGAACUGAUGUUGACGUGAGCGUCACAAGGAGCCCGAUGAUGUCACGCACACACAUGGAGUAUUAACACUAAUAUUAUUGUUAUUGCCUAGUUUUCUACAGUUUUUAUACAGCAAAAAAAAGAGAGACUAAAACAAUGUUGUUGCCAAUAUUUCAAAAGUGUUCUGAAUGUCAAUUGUAGCACAUUUUGUUUUUGAUAUUUGGUUGUCUUUGAAUUUUCAACCCAUUUAACGGUUUGAUAAAAUCCAAAUCAACAUGUCCAAACUAUUUCUGUUACUGUGCAACAUGUUCA